AUGGCAGCCGUCGUGAAUAGAGUUGUAUCGACGCUGAGCGACGCAGGCUCCCACCACCAACAACGAACACCACAGACCAGCUCCAUCGAAGUUAUUGAUGUCGACCUGCUUGAUGACGACGUCGGCCAGCGACCAACGGGUUCAAGGGCGCCUUCCCAGCGACAUUCUCAGCCCAGGGAUACUAUUUCCCUGCUCGACGACGACAGUGACGAUGAGGUACAAGUUAUCCAAGUCCGUCGCCCCACACGACCAAUCGAACGCGAAAGGCUUUUCUCGCCACCACCGCCUCAGAUGCAGAGAAUAGGUUCAAAUCCGCCUCCAGUUCCCAGAGUUCCCAGGCGAUACGCAAGCCAGACAAGUUUCGUCGGUCGCUCACGCACCGCUAGAGCCACUGCCCCUUCCGUACCACCGGUCGUUCCAGUCGAUCGCGAAUUCCCCUUCGAACGUCUCGCGCCCACUAGACCGCCUUCACCUCCUGUGGCAGGGCCCUCCAACGCUUCCCGUGAUAUUCAGGCCCCCCGCGCAGCACCACGAUCCAACCAUGUUCCCAGUCUUGGUUUAGGAGGGGGAUUGAUCGCUCACAAUAGGGCAAGACUGAUGGCAGAACGACGGAACCGCCCUUUCAAUCCACUCCGUCGAAUAUAUCCUCCCCCAUCAUACGGAGACUUCCUGGAUUUCGAUUUCGGCGACGACUGGGGUCGGCUUGCAGACCUGCCUGGUCCUGGCCAAAGACUUGAAGAUAGAUAUCGCUCUCCUCUCCGUGAGCCUGAACACUAUCUCCCCGGCUACACACAUCCUUGCAAAGCAGAGGCAGGUUUCACAUACAGCUUUGCGCCUUCAUCUCCAACCGAAUCGAGCCCCCCUGGGUUCCCAACCUCAUCCUCAUCAAAUCCCAUUGUUAUUAAAGAUGAUGACGAAGAAGAAGCGAACGCAGAAACGGCUGGAGAGAGUACUAAACCUGUUACGACCCUGGUUUGUGCGCGUUGUUUAGACCUUCUGGUCCUAAACUCUGGUCUUUUCCCUUCCCAAGCCACCGAACGCCGCAUCUGGGGCCUUCGUUGUGGACACCUAAUCGAUGGCAAAUGCUUGCAUGAAAUUGGGCAACCACCUAUGGUCCUGGAUCUGAAAGGAAAAGGCAAGGCUAAAGCCGAACCAGCAACGCUCAUUCCCUACGGCGAAGAACCCAACACCUCUUCCUCAUCACUCCUCCAAGACGAAACCAAUAUCCCCCGCGAACCUUCUCCCGAAGGGAACACGAUCCGUUCUCGACUGAGAUCCCAGACCCAGCUUUCUUCAUCGAGCUCUACCCCCGCCAACAGCCACAGAAGCCAUAACCCUACCCCAAGCCAUGAUCCAUCUACAGCUGUACCUCCUUCACCUUCUGGUUCCAGAAAGCGGAAACGAGGCGCAGCCAAGUCAGCAGCCGGCAAGAAGAACAAGGUGGAAGAAGAGUUCGAAUGGCGCUGUCCCGUGCCCAACUGCGGACAUUUGCAUGUGAGCGUCAAGAUCAAUGGGGUGUGGGGUCCAGAGAAGGAGAGACAGAUACCGAUGAAACGAGGUGCUGCUUCGAUCGCUGUGUUGAGUGAACUGGAGAAGGGCCCUAGAGGUGCAAUCCCGGUAUUCGCUUAA